ACUUUCUCGUCAAAUUACUAACCCCACAGCCAUCACCCCCACCAGAACCUCACAACAUUCGAAAGCCCAUCGCCAUAGCAGGAGACUUGGACUGAUAUAAUAUACUCAAUCUACAUCAUGGAUUCGGAUUCAGACAACCAAUACGAUGACAGGGGCCCGGAGUCAGAGGUGGAAGAGGAGGCGCCAAAACCCAAAUCCGCGUUAAAAAAGAGUGCGCCUGUCCCAGCCGCUGUACAAAGGCCCGAGUUGCCAGAACAGCCGAAUCCAGAUACAGUAGACUUCAGUACUCUAUCGCCCUUGUCUCCCGAGAUUAUAUCGCGACAGGCGACCAUAAACAUCGGUACCAUAGGGCACGUCGCCCACGGGAAAUCGACUGUGGUAAAGGCUAUCUCCGGAGUGCAGACUGUCAGGUUUAAGAAUGAGUUGGAGCGGAAUAUCACGAUUAAGCUUGGAUAUGCAAAUGCGAAAGUCUACAAGUGUAACAACUCAGAGUGCCCACGGCCUACAUGCUUCAGAAGCUAUAAGAGCGACAAGGAGGUCGAUCCUCCUUGCGAGCGCGAAGGAUGUUCAGGUAGAUACGAGCUAAUGCGCCAUCUUUCUUUUGUCGAUUGUCCCGGUCACGACAUUCUCAUGAGCACCAUGUUAUCAGGCGCCGCCGUUAUGGACGCCGCUCUACUUCUCAUUGCCGGAAACGAACCGUGUCCUCAGCCCCAGACUUCCGAACAUUUGGCUGCUAUCGAGAUUAUGAAGCUCAAUAAUAUCGUCAUAUUACAGAACAAAGUUGACUUGAUGAGGGAAGAGGGCGCCGAUCAGCAUUAUCAGUCUAUUCUCAAGUUUAUUCGCGGCACUGUUGCGGACGGAUCACCCAUCAUUCCAAUAUCUGCUCAGCUGAAGUUCAACAUUGACGCGAUCAACGAGCACCUCAUCUCAAACAUUCCGGUUCCAGUUCGUGAUUUCACUGCUAAGCCUCACAUGAUUGUCAUUCGAUCUUUCGAUGUCAACAAGCCUGGCGCAGAGAUCGAGGAGCUGAAAGGUGGUGUUGCUGGUGGCAGUAUUCUGACUGGUGUGCUCAAGGUCAAUGACGAGAUCGAAAUCAGACCGGGCAUUGUCACGAAGGAUGAAUCCGGCAAAGUGGUUUGCAAACCGAUCUUUAGCAGGGUGGUUUCGCUCUUUGCAGAGCACAAUGACUUGAAGUUUGCCGUUCCGGGUGGACUGAUUGGUGUGGGAACACGCGUCGACCCUACGUUGUGCCGUGCAGAUCGUUUAGUAGGGUUCGUCCUUGGUCUCAAAGGCCAUCUACCUUCCAUUUACAUUGAGCUGGAAGUCAACUACUUCCUUCUUCGACGUCUUCUUGGAGUGAAAACAGCCGAUGGGAAGCAGGCUAAGGUCGCAAAACUGACCAAGAACGAAGUUCUUAUGGUCAAUAUCGGCAGCACAUCAGCAGGCGCUAAAGUCAUGGCAAUCAAAGCUGAUGUUGCUCGUCUGAGCUUAACGAGUCCAGCAUGUACUGAGAUUGGGGAGAAGAUUGCGCUUAGUCGAAGAAUUGAGAAGCACUGGAGACUUAUAGGAUGGGCCAACAUUGUCGCUGGCUCCACACUUGAGCCGACCGUUGAUUGAAGACGAUGAAGUGGGAAUAGCGGUGACAAACGUUUGUGGCAGUGGCAGCUUCAUAACGUGACGAAAGCACAUGAUGUCACGCUAAGCUUUUCAGAUGUCUGGGGUAUUUCGAGAUCUUAGCGGCAUCGUAGAGGAAGCUGAGUGCUUCGAUAGAGACUCAUAAAAGCGAGGGGCUGCCGGCAUGGAGAGUAAGCGCAGCAGGCGUAGGUGGGAUUUGCCGAGAAGUCCAUUGUAUGUAUUUAUACAAGAUCAUACUUCACCGUUUGCGCCCUUGACACUUGGCGUACCGUUGUACAGUCCUUGCAAGUAGCAAUCGACAGACUUUCAGCGAAAGGAGACGAAAUUGUUGGUGGUUCUGGCUCCUACAGCAUACCUAAUACCCAAUGCGAGUGUGAUCCGGGACCCGGCCCCUUGGCUCCGCAAGUCGGUCUCG